AUCCCAAUAAAAAUGCAGCCUUCAGAAGAGCCCACUAAGGACACCAAGAGAGUGCAGAAAUUCAAUGACAAAGUAGAAGAAGCCUGGAAGAACUAUGAAGAAGUUCAGAAAAUUAAAACUCAGAUGAAAGGAAUUGUUCCAGACUAUGAAUUUGAGGAAGGAGAUAGUCUGGAGAAGGAAGAAAAAAAAACUGAGCAUAAAAGUGAUACUGACAAGAGGUUGGAGAAGAUGAAACAAAAUAUUGUUAAUACUUACAAGAAGGUAAUCAAACAGAGACCUCUUGAUCAAGCGGUUUUGUAUCUUAUUCAACAUUCUGAGCUAAUGUCAGAAGAUCCUAUCUCUACAGAAAGACUUUUAUUAUGCUGAUGGAAAAGUAGGCAUUUCAAGAGUUUAUCAGUUACCCUUGAUAUGUUAGUUGAGGCAAGAAUUGCUGUGACUUUGGAAGAACUGGAAGCCAUUGUUCUAGAGUUCAUAAAGAAAGGUACCAGACAUGCUGAUAAUAUCCAUAAAUACGUCCAAUAUCUCUCAUUUGUGAAGAGUUACGCAUUGCCAUCUAAAGUUUGGAAGGAAUAUUUGUCUGGAAUACUUCUUUUCGCUUCUGAUAUCAUUAAUGGUGAUCUACCUGAGUCAGAAAACUUAGAAGAUGCAAUCAAUUGCGCAAUGGAUAUUUUUACUGAAGUUUACAGGAACACUUGUACCAUCAAUGAAGUAGAAUUACUAACUCCUGAGUUUAAGGAAAUUCUACAGUGUACUUUUGCAUCUCUUGCUACUUUUACGACUGAUAUAAUAUCUGAAACAGAAAGAGAAAAUAAAAGAGCUUGAGUUGUCCGUCCUUUCCUUUUAUGUAUAAUCAAAAACAAUAUUUCUCUUGCUGAACUCUUAGAGGCUGAAUCAUUCACUGAAUUUUUUGUGAGUGAGCUGGCAUGCUGGGGUCUGAAGAACCCAGAUUUUUUCCAAGGUCUCUUCCCAAAGAUCGCAAAGGAAGGAUUUUCAACUGGUAAGAUCCCAUGGAGUGUGUUCAAAGGGAUCAAAGAUGAGCUACACAAUGCUGAGAAGAAGGACCUCUACUUUUUUGUCACUAAGUACUUUUUUGAUAACUAUGAAGAUAAAGAAGAAAUUUGCAAUUAUGUCUUCACUAUUGAUGAAUACAAGGAGCUAGUCAAGUACUUCUUGUCUAAGAAGGAAGAUCCCAAUGAGGAACCAAUACAAAUGAAUGAUGACAACGAAGCAGAGUAUGACGGCUUCUUGAUUGUUUAAGUGUCCU